GGCCGGGCCAUCGUCUGUACUUAUUCUUGGGAGCACCGACGCUAAGGACUGCCUUCCUCGGGGGUGGUUAACCAGGGAGACGUCCUUUGGCGAUGGGGCAACUUUUGCCAGAUGGGGACAGGAUGUGUCAAGUUUUGAUGCGACUCUGUGUAGACCGUCCCGCAAGGUCGAACGAGAUGGGUCCCAUGGGCUAGAUUCUUGGGUCGUCCCUCAUGUCAAUGUUAUUGCUAGCCCCUUGGGUUCAUCAUUGACAUGUUUGAACCCUCUCGUCUGUCAUGUUCCAGACAUGUUGCUUCAUCUACUGCGUUGGUGAGAUUCUCAAUUGUUGGAAAUCCGGGGUAUGUCAGAUCAGCGUGGUGGGAUCUGAGUACUGACCGACAUGGUGCUUAUGGUUCCCAGAUCCGGACGUCGGCUCCAAUACGCGUUCUGCUGCCGCUUGCUCUUUGCCCGAUGAUCACCUAUUCGCUCAAGACUUUCCGAGCCCGAAGCAUCUCCAACCCCUUCAGAAAUCCUUCGGCUCCUCUAGCAAUAACUCGAGGAACAAGCAGCGGAGUCCUCCGUCUUGUUUCCAACCCCUGGUUCAUGGAGUUCCUACAUACCCCGCCCACCCACACACAGAGAAGUCUGGCACAUCACACGAUUUGGUCCACCCCCGCAGCGGGUUCUCCGUCGCAGAAAACAGCAAAAAAGAAUUACGGGAAAAUAAAGGCCAAGGCAUGUAACGUCGGGGAAAAGUCCCGGAGCUAACAUCAGAAGCGGAAGUUGGCCGAGUUGGUCUGGGUGGAUUCAGAGCAGAAAUCUUUACCACUUCCCCACCGCCCGCGGCAGAGUGCCAGAGACUUUUGUGUUCGUGAGUCGUGACUAAGGUGUUUUUCCCGUGGGGAAUGUUUUGAC